AUGAAUGGUUUUUAUAUCGGAUAUACUCAAAGAAUAUCAUGGGCUCCACUUAGUAUUAUAAUGUGUAUUUUACGUGGAUUCUCAAUAAUUUAUACAGUAAUCAAUACUUAUAUUACUUAUUCACAAAUGUCUAAAAUGUCUGUGAGAUUAAGAAAAUCUGAAAAAAUAUUAUGCCUCGCUUCAACAAUUAUUUCUAUUUGUUAUUUUAUUCCCGGAUGUUUGGAGGUUAGUUUUCAAUAGGAAAUCGGAACAUCGUACAAAAAAGUUGCCCUUUCAUGGAAUUAAUUAAAUUAUAGUCAUCUUCAUAUAAAUGUUUUCUAGGGUGAUAAAACACGCUACUCUAGGCUCAAACUAUAAACUUUCCGUAGAUCUCCAAUUUAAUUUUUUUGAAUAGUGAUUAUAUUGUUUUUCGAUUACAUUGGCAUCAUCUAUCUAAUUUGACAAAUAAAUUAAGAUUUUCUAGUUUGCCUACGCAAUCAGCCCAAGCUUCGCGUCUUCUUCAUAUGCCGGAAUUCAAGUUAUUGGUUGGGAUAUUGUUAAUAUAUGUUCACCAAUUAUUAUUCUAUGUGUUAAUUCACAAUUACGUCAACACAUUUUCAAUAUUUUCCGUAAGAAAGAACAGGAGAUUGAAACAACAGUUUGUGAGUUUAAAAAUGUUAUAAUUUUUAAAUUUCAUGAUUUUGCAGUUGUUUUCAAUCAUUCAAUGAUGUCUCGAAGAAACACAACCUUUUAAUUAUUUUGUUUGUUGAACUUGUUAACUUUAAUAAAUUAUUAUAAUUAAAUAUCUGAAUGUGGUUUAUCUAACAAUAAAUAUAUAUAUUGGACAUUUUUGGAUAAAAACCCAAAAAUUAUAAGCCCACAGGCACUUGGUAAGUAUAAACGUAGUGAUUUUUCUUGCUGAAAAACAAAACAGCAAUUUUUGAGUAAAUGCCUCAUGUUUUCCGUAAAAAACAAUUCCUCUAAAGCCUUGAAAACCUCAUUAACUUUUUAAGUGAAAAACUUGCAGAUAUUUAUGUUCGAAAAUUUAAUGAUGGAUCGCAGAAACACCUAUUCUUGAUGAUGUUUUUAUGAAAUUCAUUUUUUACUAGUUAAUGAACCAUUCUAAUUAAAUAUGUGCACAUGUUUUAUUUCUGAAUUCGUGUUUUUUUGUUCCUCUCAGAUUAAAAAGGGCAACAUACAAUUUCUUGAUUUUUUGUAAUGGGGUGAGUCAAUUUUAUAUUUUGUCAAUUAAUUGACACAAAAAGUGAGUCUUUUUUGUGCGAUUUUUUCACGUUUUUGUCGAUUAAUUUCAUCUUUUUUUGCAAUUAAUUGCAUAUUAUUGAAUUAAAAACACGUGAGAAAUAAAAAAAGUAGGUCAAGUGACGUGGAUUUAAAAACAGUAUAGGUAGCCAUGUCGUCAGUUGCGAUGCGUGUCGGCAACACGUUUUUAGAAAUGAAAAUUUGAAAAAUUCAAUGGAAAAAUCGAGGUCAACACGCAUCGCAGAACCGCAUCGCAAUUGACGACAUGGGUACCUAUACUGUUUUUAAAUCCACGUCACUUGACCUACUUUUUUAUUUCUCACGUGUUUUUAAUUCAAUAAUACAAAAAUGAGGAAUUUCAAUAGGAAAUAGAAUUUAUUUGACCUCUUUUUUGAAACGUGUCCCAAAUUCACUGCUUAUUUUUUGGAUUCAUUUCGAAAUGAAAGAAAAUUGAGAGAGAAUGCUUUUUUUGUUGAUAAUUCCAACUCAUAUCGGUCACGUUUUAAAACAUAGGUCAAAUAAAUUCUAUUUUUUAUGCAAUUAAUUGCAUUUUUUGCCAAGAAAUGAAAGCGAUGAAUUGACAAAAACGUGAAAUUAAUCGCCCUAAAAGACUCACUUUUUUUGUCAAUUAAUCGCAAAAAACACGUCGAUUAAUUCGAUUGACUCACCCCAUAAGAAAAAAAGGUGCGGCAUUUCUAUACUAAAAUUAUUCUUUUUUUUUUAAUUUUAGUCGAAAUUAUACGAUGGUUUUCUCAAAUUGCUCUCAAGUUUUAUCACAAGUUCAAGGAAAUAUAAUUUAUUUCGUCAGCGUCUUAUAUCUUUCUCCUGCCGCUAUUUUAAACAUCCUUAUCUUGUAUACAAUUUGGGUGAAAUAUCCGAAAAUCUAUUCGAACCAAAUGUUUUACAUACUAUUUUCCUUAGAUUGUUUGAGCGGUCUAAUUUUACUUUUGCUAGAAAUAUUGGUUUUCCGAAUGUUCUCACUGAACUCGCAAUUCUGCAUAUACCUAUCUCAAUUCGUUCAGAAUUAUCCUAUUUUACUCAUGGAUCUACCAUAUGAUUUAGUAAUGUUUUUACACAUUUUUCAAGUUUUUAUCCAAAUUUUAAUGACAACAAAUCGAACAACUUGUGUUUUAUAUCCAAUUAAACAUAAUAUUAUUUGGUUUCAAUAUUUUAAACUAAUUAUAAUUUCAACUUUUCUUCUAUCAGUUAUAUUAUGCUUCAAUGUAUUCAUUUCAAAAAAGUUUAUUUAUUUCGUUAUGAAUGGUUUUUAUAUUGGAUAUACUCAAAAAAUCGAAUGGGCUCCACUUAGUAUUAUAAUGUGUAUUCUACGUGGAUUCUCAAUAAUCUAUACAGUAAUCAAUACUUAUAUUACUUAUUCACAGAUGUCAAAAAUGACUGUAAGAUUAAGAAAAUCUGAAAAAAUGUUAUGUAUUGCUUCAACAAUAAUUUCUAUUUGUUUUUUGAUUCCCGGAUGUUUGGAGUUUGCCUACGCAAUCAGCCCCACUUUUGCUUCUUCUGUCUAUGCUGGUAUUCAAGUAUUAGGUUGGGAUAUUGUUAAUAUAUGUUCACCAAUUAUUAUUUUAUGUGUUAAUUCGAAAUUACGUCAACAUGUUUUUGAUAUUUUUUGGACGAAUAAAACAAAAGUUACAGUACCAAGUUGUGAGUUGAAUUUUCAAAAAAAUUUUGGAAAAAAAGAAAGUAUAGCUUGUGAGAUGAUCUUUUGAAAAACGCUUUCGGUUUUCAAGAAUAAAUAUCAAUUUUCAGAUGUUCCAAAUCAUUCAACUUUAUCGUCUCACAGAAGCACCACAUUUUGA